AUGAAGAAACAUUACGGAAACGCAAGAGAUAUAGAAUGGGGUCUAAAAGGGAACCAAAUAUUUAUGCUUCAGUCGAGACCCGUAACUAAUUUAGACAACUCUUACACCGAUUACGAGAUUAUGCAUGAAUUGGAUUCUUCACAUCCGACAGAGUUUGAAAUCUAUUCGCGCGCCCAUUGGGGUGAGAACUUUCCAGGAGCCUCGUCUUGGAUCUGUAAUCAAUGGUUUUGGGCCAAUAAAAGCACUUUUAUGCGUCAGGCAAUCACUAAUGGAAUUAAUAUCGAUGAGGAUUACAAUCCAUUUAAGGAAAAUAUGGGCAUUCAGUACAAUCAAGUGAUGUUUAAUUUGAGCAGUGGUGGUGGUUUUGGUGACUUUUUUGCUGAAUACCCGGAGUCAAAACAGACACAUGCGAUGGUAUUAUCAAUGUUUGGCCAUCACAUCGACGACAAGGAUGUCCUCCAGUUAUUCAGACAGAAGAGAGUGGAGUUAAAUAAGCCAUCGUUUAUAGGAAAAGUCCGAAUGACUUAUUUCUUAAUUAAUUCCCUACUUUUUGGGCCGAAAAACUUGAUUAAAACAAAAGAGGAGACAAUUGUGAAGAAUCGGUACGAUUUGGUCGACAUUUUGAAACAUAGAUCUAAUAGUAAAGACAUAUUCACUACAAUUUUGGACAAUCAGUACUUUAUAUACGACACGGCGUUGAAAAAUCACGGCCCGGUCUCUAUGGGGUCGUCAAUGAAAGGCGCUAUUUUGAGAGCUAUUCUUGCGAGCGGUUCCGCUAAUAGCGAUAAUAUAGAAUCGGAUUAUAAUCUAAUGAUAUCUUCGGCAACAAAUGUAAUCAGUGCUGAAGUGCCCAAUACUUUACGUGAAAUCGCAAAGUCUAUUAAAGACAAGCAAUGGUUUCGACAAUUGAGUGAUGAGGAGGCGCUUCAAGUGCUGCAAACUGGAAGCGAUGAGUCCUCACAACAGUUUAGAUAUUUUCUCGAAAGACACGGACACAGAGGGUAUCGGGAAUUGGAUCCCAUGUAUAAGCCAUGGAAAGGCAAUCCAAUGCCUUGUAUUAAAACUAUUAAAACAAUAUUAUCGGGAAAUGAAUCACAAUUUGAGGCUAAAAUUGAAAAGUCUGUCGAAGAAGUUGUCAACGAAUUAAAGACACCAUUGAGUCCUUUAAAGAAAUUAAUGAUAAAAUAUGUAUUCCUUCCGUGGACUCGAAGAGGGAUUGGAUAUCGAGAGUUAUCCAAGUAUUUCAUGAUUUGGAUGAAUAACAAAUGUAACGAAGGUUUUUGGUAUUUGGCUCAACAAAUGACUAAAGAAGGACUCAUACCAUCGGUGGACACAUUUUUCUAUUUGACUAUCACUGAAGUGGAAGCGCUAUGUAAUGGACAAAGAGAUCCAUUGAUAUUCUCGAGAGUAAGACAACGGCGAAGACUUUACCCUCGAAUGGAUAAAUACAAGUUCGAAGAGUUUAUUAAAGGACCCGAAAUGAAACCCAGAAAUUUUGAGGACCGGAUUAUACCUCCAGUCCUGACCUCAGGUAUGGUUCAAAUGACGGGAACACCAGUUAGUAAUGGAUCCGUAAAAGCGAGAGUUUGUGUGUCUGAAGACAUUACAGAAGCUGACAAUAUUCAGCCGGGAGAUAUUCUGAUCACGUACUCGACGGACAUCGGUUGGAGUCCAUACUUCCCAUUACUUUCGGGUAUAAUCACAGAAAUCGGUGGAACGAUAUCUCACGGGGCAGUCAUUGCCCGCGAAUACGGGAUCCCGAGUCUGAUAGCAGUGGAGGGCGCGUGUCGUGCCUUCAGGACCGGCGAUAUCUGUCUAUUGGACACUAAGACACAGACCAUCACUAAAGUCGAUUGAAUUUAUUA